ACAUUUCUUUGCCAGUGGUUGUUGCUCAUCGCUGGUGAGCCGAACCCAAGUGAGACGCGUCACGCAUUCCAGAAUUCUGGUUCGUGGUGCCGUGCACGACGCGUCGCGUUCUCAUACCGCGGACCCCGGCUGAUCCGGCUAUCAGCAUAAUCAGGAUAAGACACCCGAGCACAGCCCAAGUCGAGGUUUCGCCGAUCUGACUCUCACAGACCUGAUGCGCUGCUCUGUAGAAGGACCGGUCAGCAAAUUCACUAACGGGACGAUGACAGUGGCGUACUGCACAGAGGUGAGGGAGUCAAAGAGCAGAAACACAGGGUGGCGGCGACAUGGCGCGACAUGGCGUCGGGGCCCUGGGGAUGAAUUGAUGCCCUCCUCUCCGCAGUGUCGCAGUAUAGUAGGAGUGCAGGAUACGCCGCUCCCGCUGCGACGCGUCGACAUGAGAGGAGGCGCAUCCAGCAUGUCACGCGUGGUGACGCUGCGGAGACUACGGUCCGUGCCUGGGCGGAUUCCUCAUCCAUCAUCCAGCCAUAUUCUAAGCACCUCGGCGAUCAACAAAACAAGGGAAACACAUAUCAAUUCCGAGACGGUGUAUUGUAGUCACAUCCCUCGUCUUGGUGAGCAGUGGUCUGAUCUAUUUGCGGAUCACGCCCACCACGGGAGUCCCCUGCCUCGGCUGUCCACUCCUCCGCGUGAAAUCACUUGAAGUAAGUGUCAGUGCACCCGGUUUCCACCGUUUCCACCCACCGCCUCCAGUCACCAAAUAUCGUGCGAUACACUUAUAAAUGCAUGGGUACAACGAGUGUGG